UAGUGGCUACGUGUAUUUCUAAAGAAAAUGGCAGAUAGGAGAAAUAAUGCUCCCAAUACAAGUGCAAAUUUACUUUUCAGCGAUGCUCCGGAGUUUAACUUCAACUUGCCUUUCUUACCAGUGAGUCAGGCCUCGGGUCUGGUGGUGUUUUCGGGAGAUGAUUCCACUGAUGUUGGAGAAGAAGACAGCUUUCUUGGUCAGAACUCUGAAAAUGGAUCAGCCCCAUCGACAGUGAACUACUUUGCUAGCUCUGUAACCAGCAGUGAUCCAUUUGCUUCCAUCGGUCAGCCAUGCCCACCGCCUGCCCUGUCAACAGUGCCAACAACAACAGUCCCAGGUUCUGUCCCAGGUAGUCUCGGGACAGCUCCGUUGCCAACUCCAGGCUUGAAUAUGGUUCCUUCUUCUUCUACAUUUGCCAGUACGGUUUACCAGAGUCCCAUAGGGCACCACACUGCUCCACCCACCACAGGGACGCCACCACCUCCCCAGAUGCAGCCACAGAGUCAUAAUCCAUACCGACACACCCCCACUUCCAGCAGAGCUAGCCCUUAUAUUCCAGCACCAGAGAUCCUGCAACAAACGCACACACCUCAUCAGAAUCCAUACGCUUUGAGCUCCCCACCGCAGACAUUCCCAUCGCCAGGAAACACAAAGAUUCAAACACCUCCAGCUCCAGCCUCUGUUGCUGGAGCAAUAGUUCCUUCUGGUCCCAUGAUGCCGUACAACUACAGUGUAUAUGAGGCCAUUCAGCCUCACUGGUUCUACUGCAAACAAGUGGAAUCAAAGAGCGUCUGGCUUCCUUUCAGUUUUAUUGAUUCCCUUCAGCUAGAGGAGACGUAUAACUCAGUUCAGCCAGACCCGGAAAAUGUGGUUGUCCGUACAGAUGGAGGGCGAUACGAUGUGCAGCUAUACGACCGAAUACGAACUGCCGUGUUCUGGGAGGAGGAGCCAACGGAGGUCCGGCGCUGCUCAUGGUUCUACAAAGGGGACACAGACAGUCGCUUUAUUCCUUACUCUGAGGAAUUUAGUGAAAAGCUUGAGGCAGAAUAUAAGAAGGCUGUGUCUACUAACCAGUGGCACCGUAGACUGGAGUUCCCGUCUGGAGAGACCAUUGUCAUGCACAAUCCAAAGGUUAUUGUGCAGUUUCAGCCCUCCUCCAUGCCAGAUGAGUGGGGCACAACUCAGGACGGACAGACCCGGCCCAGAGUGGUGAAGAGGGGGAUUGAUGAUGACCAUGACGAAGUACCUGAUGGUGAGCUACCCAAGGUGGACCAUCUUGUGUUUAUGGUUCAUGGUAUUGGUCCAGUGUGUGAUCUGAGGUUUAGGAGCAUGGUCGAGUGUGUGGAUGACUUCCGAAGUGUAUCACUGAAGCUGCUGAACAGUCACUUUAAAAAACACCUGGACAAACACAGCAUCAGUAGGGUGGAGUUCCUCCCUGUCCAGUGGCACACAGCUCUACAUGGGGAUGCGACAGGAGUGGACAGGAGGAUAAAAAAGAUCACCUUACCCAGCACUGGACGUUUACGUCACUUUACAAACGAGACUUUGUUGGAUGUGCUCUUCUACAACAGUCCCACCUACUGCCAGACCAUCAUGGACACAGUUGCUCAAGAGAUUAACAGACUUCAUGCCUUGUUCAUGACGAGGAACCCAGAGUACAGAGGAAGUGUUUCAGUUGCAGGGCACAGCUUAGGCUCCUUGAUUCUAUUUGACCUGUUGUCAAAUCAGAAGAACAGCUCCGUGCCCAUGCCUAUGACAGCAGCUGCUAAUGGUGACACCCAGAAGGUGGCCAUCCCUGCUGCACAGGGAAAUGAUGUUUCUCAUCAAGCUGUGGAAGAAGAUGGGGAGGAGUUUAAGGAUCUGUCGGCCAUACUGGAACAUCUGGGCUUGUCUGAGUAUAAGAGCACCUUUGAUGAUGAGAAGAUUGACAUGGAGUCUUUUCUUAUGUGCACGAUUGAGGACCUGAAAGAGAUGGGAAUCCCACUCGGCCCCAGGAAAAAGAUUGCCAAGUUUGUCAAAGAAAGACUGAAUAAGCAGGCUGCUAGUCAGGCAUCCCAGGAGAAGAAAGCAGAGGUCAAAGAGGCCAGUCAGGCUGUGGCACAAGCAGCUGAAGCUCUUCCAGAUACCUCUGUGAAGAAGCUUCCUGUUGGAAACUCCUUCUCCUCAAUCCAUGUCGACUACAACUACUUUGAAGUUGGCACAGGACAGGUGUCUGUGGUUUACCAGGCUCUGGACUUUGAGCCAGUGAAUUUCUUUGCCUUGGGCUCUCCAAUUGGCAUGUUCCUGACUGUCCGAGGGUUGGAAAAGAUUGAAGAAACUUACCAGCUGCCUACAUGCAAGGGAUUCUUCAAUAUUUACCAUCCACUGGACCCAGUGGCAUAUAGGAUUGAGCCCAUGAUAGUCCCAGACUUGGACUUGAAACCUGUCUUGGUCCCACAUCACAAAGGAAGGAAGAGGCUUCAUCUAGAGCUGAAGGACAGUCUCUCCAGGAUGGGCUCUGAUCUAAAGCAGGGCUUUAUCAGCUCCCUUAGGACUGCCUGGCAGACGCUCAAUGAAUUUGCUCGUGCUCACACCUCAUCGGCCCAGCUUCAGGCUGAGCUGGCCAUCGUGGCCAAUCAGAUAGAAGAGCAGGAGAAGCAAGUUCAGGAGGACCACAAGAUUCCAGAAAGCCCUGAGCCACAGAAGGAAGAGGAGCCCGAGGUGAAAAUUGGGAUGCUGAAUGGAGGAAAUCGUAUUGACUACGUUCUGCAGGAAAAACCCAUAGAGAGUUUCAAUGAGUACCUUUUUGCCCUCCAGAGUCAUCUCUGCUACUGGCAAUCUGAAGACACAGCUCUGCUUCUUCUCAAAGAGAUCUACAAGACUAUGGGGAUCCAUCCAGAACAACUAGCACACUGAUACGUUCCUAUGCUGAAAUAAGCCCGUCUGAAAUCUUUGUUUUUUUUUUCCUUGAUGAUUUUCAUGAUGUUUUUCUGAAUUUUGAGUAUGAUUUUUACUCCCAGUUUCUAUUCAUGUAGUUUGCUGUGUCAGAUUGACAAAAACAAUGUACAGUAUAAUGCCAUCUGUCUUAAAGUAACAAAAAUAUAAAUAGCUUUUAGAGUAAAAUAAAGACGCAUAAAUAUGUUUGAUAUUUUAUUUUUAUUGUAUAAAUAAUAGGGCUGGUCAGGUUUACUAAGCAUUAUGAAAUCAAAUGCAGUCAGAGUCAGACUUUUGUCAGUUUUACUUCAUAGCCAAAAAUUAGACAUUAUUUUACUGCCACAACUUUUUCUGUUUUUAAUGUUGGAGGAAGUUUUCACUGUAGAGUGAGACAAAUGUCAGACUAUCUAGAAAAAGCUGUGAUAAUAUAACUAGGGAUGCACAAUAUCAACAUUAUAGCUUUAUCAGCAGAUCCUAGCUCAAGAAAUAAAAUUAGCAGCACAUAUGAACAUCUCUGCCGUACUUUACAGCUGUUAUAACAGACAAACAUGUCUGCAGUAGGGAAAAAGAGAAGAUUCUGGGAGACGGGCCGGUACGCAGGUGUACAUCCUCGUUUAUUAACUCGAUUCAAACUGAUGGAAAUGUCCAUUAAUGGGCCGACAUGUUUAGCAUUGGUUGGUGUUAAUUUCCAUUCAAAAGCUUAGAAACAUCGAUUUUAUUUGACAACACUGAGAUAAAUAGUUUAAUUGCUCAUUUACAUAAAAAUGUCCACUAAAUCGAUGGUUUCUUGAGUUUAAAGAAGUAAAGUCAGUUCUGUCACCAGACAGCGCUGCUUUCUUCUUCCUUUAUUUAAUGGUGGUUAGCAAACAGCAUUCAGAUGUGCAGCGCCCACUUUCUGGUGGUGCUGCAUCAGUAAAAAUUAUGUAAAUUAAAGGGUUGAAGUCAGAUAAUAGUCAUAUGAAAAUCUAGUUUUAAACAGUGUCUGAAUAUUCAAAGUGAUGGCCCAUCCUUUGCUUCACCUUAUAAGGCACGGGUGUCAAACUCAAGGCCCAGGGGCCAAAUCCGGCCCACAAGAUGAUCUCAUAUUUCUGUUCUAACUGGCCCAUCAGUCUGAGGUCUGCAGAGUUCUUAAAGUAUAAAAAUGUGAAC